CCUUCUUGUCAACUAACUAGUGGCGCACAUGUAGGGUAGUUGAAGUAACCAUUUCUUAAUCAUUCAGAAAUAGUUGCGCCUCGCACGUUUAACAAAUAAAAAUGUCUUUUAGUGGUGGAUUUGGUGGAAACCGAAGUGGAGGUGGAAGUUCUACAACGAUGAUGGUUGAAUCUUCAAACGUUGGGAAAAUCAUUGGUAAGUAUUUGUCUUGUACUACAGUAACCGUACCGUUUUUUUACUCCCCGGUCAUGGCGGCAGGAGACUCCAUUUUAGAUCGGUCUAUCUGUGACCGCAUGGAGCAAGUCUAAACUCAUUUAUGGAUUAUUUUGACCAAUUUUAAUACAAAUUCUUUUGACUAUGAUACCUUACACUUCUUUUGUUAAUGUUUAAUUGUAUUUUGUGUUUUAAAUAACUACAUUUUUAUUAAAUUUUAGUUUUUUUGAUACAAAUUGAAGUUGAAGCCUAGCCGUAGCCAUUGGCGGCAUGUCACGCUGAUCCGGGAUAGUCAUUGUAAUGUUUGAUUAAUACAAUUAACCCCUCCCUAAAUGUCAAUUCAUUUAAAUAUUGGAACCAAAUAUUGUAUUCAGGGUCUUUAUUUUGUGUUUAGUUCAAAAAUUUUACAAAAUAAUUGUAAAUUAAUAAAUCAUAAUGGAUGGACUUCACAUUUUACUAAAAGCCUACUGAACUAAAUUCUGCUGUUCACUUGGAUUGCUAAUCUUUCAUGUUAUAUAUUCUGCAAUUGUUUAAACAUCUUUUUAUGUUUACUUGACACUUAUUAGUAAUAGCCUAAAUAGGAAUAUGUAUUAGGCCUGAUGAAAAUGAAUAGUAUAGCAUCUUAAAAGUGAAAGCAGUGUCACCAGCACCAGUGUUCCUGUUGCUUUUAUAUAAUCUUGCAAAGGGACAACUUGGUGUUUAAAAAAAUUGAUGUACUCUGAACAUCAUUUUGAAGCUUCCACUAGAGAAUUAUUUAACCAUAUCACCUCUGUCAAAUCUCAACUAGGAAGUAAUUUCUACACAUAAAUUCAUGUCUUUUAAGAUCCCUUUGGCUUAUGUUGAUCUAGAUUGUUCUAACUUUUACUACGAUCUACUAUUCUUAUAAAAUAGUAUUAGGCCUUUUAAUUUUUAAAUUAUAGAAUGAAAGAAAAAUUGUUGGAUAAUGGGUAAAGCAAGACAUGCCUAACCAUAAGCGCAAUGGGUACAGUGAUGUAGAUCUUUCCUCAGUCAUAAAUUUUUUGGUGACUAAAACAAUUUUAUCUCAAAUGUCAAGGACAUGCUGUCACUUUCUUCCCUCAUCCCUCAAAUAUAAUCAAACCUCAGUUGUCCACUUAAUACUAGUUACACACAGGGGUGAUACAAGAAUAACUAUUUUAUUUUAAACUGUUUGUCAUAUGGGCGUAAUCAAGAAGUGUUAAUUGUACAACUAAUUGAACCCUAAGUAACCAUAAUAGUGAAAAUGGCUCAGCUCGCCCCACCCAAUCACUUCCUGAAGAUAAAGGCUUAGACUUUCUUUAAAAAAGGUAUUGCAAAAUGUAAAUCUUAAACCAUCACAUUGCAUCAGGUAAUACUGUAUGAAAAUAUUAGGCCUAGAUGUGCCUAAAAGUAAAUGUUCUUGUGAUCAAUUCUUGGCUCUCCCCCAAAAACCUCAGGCUGGUUUUAAAAAAAAAUAAUUGAAAGGUUUAUUGCUAGGCUUAGUUUUGCUAUCAUAAAAGUGGCUGGACAUUUGAAAAAAGUAGGUUGCUCCAGUAAUGGACUUUGUAGUCAAUAAGUUUGGCACAUAAAAUGUUUAAUACUAAUACUGCUUAAAAUCCAUAUAAUUUUUAAGUUGUACCGGUAUUGUGUGGUUUCAGAUGCCCGGCCUAAGACAGACUUAAGUCUUAAAAUGCAUCAAAUAAUGAACAUGGAGGCCCUCAAUUUGCAAUGAAUUUUUUUCUUCUUAAUUUAUUAUAAGCCCAUUAAGUCAAAAUUAAAAAAAAAAUAGUGAAACCUAAGCUCGAGCUCAAGAGAACAGCAGUUUUUGGAUUUUAGCAUAUCAGAAUAAAGGCUUGUUUUUUGUUGGUUGCAGGUCAAAGACCUUAACGGGAAUUUCAUUUUAAGGCCAUUAUUGUGCCAUAAAAUGGGUUCAUCCCGCACAUUGUUAAUUUGAAAUUUGAAUAUAACCAGGUCGUGGUGGAAGCAAGAUCAGGGAUCUGGAACAAGACAGUAAUGCCAGAAUAAAGGUAAGGUGUUAUUUGUAGAGUUUAUGCAUAAAUUUUAAUUAUGAAACUUAUGGGUUUUUUUUUAAAAAAGGGUUGCGGGGAUCUGUAUUAAUAAAUAUAUAUGUGGUUUUAAAGUAGGCUAAUAAAUAUUAUAAUUUUAGGAGUCGACUUAUAAUUUUGAGGUAAUAUUCAUAGUUACCUUUGAAUUUUCAUCAGAUUUCCAGAGAUGAAGAUGAAGAUGGCAUGAAAUCAGUUGAGAUUAGUGGUACAGAUGAAGAGAUUGAAAAUGCCAAAAGAUUGAUAGAAGAAUGUUUAAGUGGAGGUAAUUGUGUUGUCGUUAUUUAAAAUUUUCUGCUUUUGUGUUGUAAGAAUCAAGUUUGGUUGGUAUAAAUUUUCUUGAAGGUUAAUAAACACAUUAAGCACUUUACAUAUUCACAACCCGAUACAACCUUUUAAUCCAACCCGCCACAUGUUGACUUAUGUAAAACAAGACCAAUUCUAUAAUGAUCUCUUAGCUGUGUACACAGUCUAACCUGUUUGCAUCCUUCCUUAUAAUUUUAUAGAUAAUUCUUCGAUUAAUUAGUGUAGCUGUGUUAAAUAUCUGUAUUGACAGUUAUUCAGUUUACUGUCUUAUAACCUUAAAAUUUUCACUGCACCAAGGGAAGAAGUGAUAGGUCAAUUUUUUAUCUAUGUGUAAUAGAAAGCCAUUUAAAGAUUUAAGAAAACCGUCUCGAUUUUAUUCCUUAUACAUUUUUUCAGUAGCAAAGCUAGCAGUUUGUUACUAGAUUAAAAAAAAAAAGACUCAGCUAGUGAUAGUUUGGUUGUAUUGUUAAAGUUAUCAAUAGAUUUUCUUACUUACAUCUCAUUGCAGGCGACUUCGGUGGUGGUGGCGGCGGUAGACGUGGAGGAUAUAAAGCUAGUAGUUUGUUACUAGAUUAAAAAAAAAAAAGACUCAGCUAGUGAUAGUUUGGUUGUAUUGUUAAAGUUAUCAAUAGAUUUUCUUACUUACAUCUCAUUGCAGGCGACUUCGGUGGUGGUGGCGGCGGUAGACGUGGAGGAUACGGCGGUGGUCGUGGACGCGGCGGCAGCGGUGGUGGUGGUGGCGGCGGAUAUGGCAGAAGGGAUGAAGGCUGGGGUCGCAGAGAUAGAGAUGGUGGUGAUGGAUGGGGUAGGCGUGAUGAUUAUGAUAGAGGUAUCUUAAUCUAUCCUUAUUGGGGUUUUUGCUAGAUAAUUGCACUCUGCUUUCGUAGCGUGAAUCAGGUUUCAUGAUUCAGUUCUUUGAAAAUUUAUUAAGUUGCGUUAAUUGCGUCUCCGCUGUUGCAUCACUGAAGACACUUCGCAUGUAAAUGAAUUUUAAUAUUUGUAUAUAAUUUACAAACUUUUCUGGCGCAUAUUUGAUUUCUGCCUUAUUUUGGUCAACAUUUGUUUUCUUGUUAGCCUGUAAAGUAGCUUCAGAUUUAUGAGGGGAGAUUAAAUGGUUAUAGUACUGUAGCAUCGAUCAUCUGCAAAUCGCUAGUUGCAUAAAACUCUUCCUUAUGUUUUAUUGACUUUAAAUGUUUCUUUCCAUCACUAAGCCGUAUGUAUUUCUUAUUUGAUCUAGGAGGCAGCCGUGGUGGUGGUGGUCGAGGUGGCGGUGGAUUUGGUGGUGAUGGAGGUGGCGAGUCCGAGACCAUUUUUGUGGAAUCAUCUGAAGUAGGAAGAAUCAUUGGUAUGUACUUCAAUACAGAGCUUCAUAUACAUUAUACAGUUGAAAUAAGCUUAAGUAGCUGGUAUAGUCAUUGCGCAUGUCAUUGAUUUUUGGUGUAUAGGAGUUUGUGCUUUGUUGGGUAAUACCGGUUCCAACGCUGAAUUGUAAUUUAUUUUGAUAAAUAUCUUUCCUCCAAUUAAUAGGUCGUGGGGGAAGCAGAAUCAGAGACAUGGAAGCAGACAGUGGUUGCCGGAUAAAGGUAUGUUUUAUGAAAACUUAAAUCCUUUGUUUGCUAAUCAGCAGGCGGUUAUGUAGGGUAACCUGUUCCAGGAUUAAAGAUAGAUUUCUGGCUUGUCCAAUAUCUGCCAGUUAAAAUUUAAUCCUAGUCUUAGCUACAUUUAUAUUUGUGGUCAAUAGUUUACAUUUAUAAAGCUGUCAUGACAUUAAAUGUUAAAGCCUCUUAAGCUUAUUGAGCUUUUUCGGGGAAUUUCUUUUUCCUGACAAAUCAUUGGUGCUGUAAGUAGUAAAUUUCAUUGUAAGGUUAUUUAUUUUAAACAGGUUUCUCGUGAUGGUGACUCAUCUGGCCGAAGUUCUGUUGAAUUAACUGGAAGCAAAAAUGCCAUCUCAGAAGCAAAGCGACUUAUUCAAGAUGCUGGAGUUGAGAUUGUCAAUGGAAAUGAUCGUGGCCGUGGUUGGUGAAUUAUUGAACCUUUGAUAGGCUGAAGAAGCAUUGAAGGCCCAUCGUUUUGAAUUCAUCCCAGUCGUAAUGUCAUUGUUUUUCUCAUAUUUUUUUUUCCUCAAAAGUAUAUUUUGUAAUCAAUGUCAUGCAUCAUUUCAUCUCAGAUCAGCUUGAAGUAUUUUUUAUUCGUAAUGGAACCUUUGAGAUCACCGCAUGGUGUAAAUUACGCGGUGUAUAUAUGGUCAAAUUGAUUCGAAAUAGCCACGAAGUAAAUAUAAUAUAGUAUCGACAAGCAUACCUGAUGAUGGUAUGCACAGAGCAUCUCGCCAGAUUUUAAAAUAUUGAUCCGACUUGUUUUUAAAAUCGUGUUCAUUGUGCAUUUUAUGCUUACAAUUUCCAGCUUUGAAUAAACACAACCAGUUAUUUAACAUUUAUUUUGUUCUUUAUUAUUUUUUUAAACAUGAGCUAUAAACCAGGAGUAUGACACCUGAAUAAAUGGUAAUUUCUUUUUGGUAAGUUUUUUGGUAUCCAAAACAUGAAAUUUUAAGGUUUCUUUCAGAUAAAGCUGUCAAAUACUGCAAUUGAAUUUUAACUCCAUACCAAAUCCUGGUUUGCAGCUAAGUGACUGUAUCUGCUCUAAUAGGGAUUUUUUUUUUCUUUUUUGAAGGUGGUUAUGGGCAAGAUAAUUCAGGGAGGUUUUCAAAUGGUAAAGGUAAUUUUGUGUAUUGUGGUCAAUUGAUAUAAUUCUUAGUAUUUGGAUACCAAAAGACAUGAAUGAAUGGUUGCUAGUUUUUGUUCAUAUAUCAUUCAAUUAUUGUGAAAAGGUAAACUGCCACUGUUUAAAUGACAGUAAAUUACACAAAUUAAAUAUUAUUUUUAGCUUCCAGACACCUAUUUUAAAAAAUGACAACCAAGAGUGAUCAGCUCCAUGAAUUUAUUACCAGGGUCCUUUCAUGGUACUGGUACCAUAUUUUUUAUAUACACAAUUUGUGCUAUAUUUUGCAAUUAGUUGUCCACGAUUUCUGACUUGGAUUAUGUUCAUCCAUUCCCACCUUUUUAUGAAGUGUUCAAAGCACCUCAUUUAGAUUACUAUACCAGACCAGUUUACCCUCGAACUCAUAUGAUCGUACACUAUCAUCGCAAAAUCGUACAAUGCAUUAUCUAAAAAGUAAAAAUUAAACAUACGGUAUAUAUGUACACCUCAAAAUUGUACGCCAAAAUCGUGAGAGUAAACAGGUCUGCUAUACUGUACAUCAUAGGACCAACUGUAUAUAUUAAUGUAAUAAAUAAAUUUACAGACAUUUGCACACACAUUACACCCCACCCCCCUCUGAGCCAAAUUGAGGAGUCCCUAAACCAUAAUAAAUUAUAUAAUACCAUUACUGCUUUUAUGUAUUGACAGUACAGCUAGGUCUUCCUCAGCAGUUACAAAAAUAGAUUGAUAGUGGAUAGCACUUUUUUUGUUCUAAAUAAAUUCAGAAUGGAAAAUAUUCCGUUACUUUUAUUUAAUGAUAUUGAUUUGAUAAUCUUAUUUUAGUAAUUAUUUUUGCAAAAAUACAGUACAAAUUGCAUGUUCGAAUUGAUUAUGAAUUGAUGGUGCACAAGGCAUCUAAUGUUGCAUUAAGAAAGGGCGUCAGCAGGGUGUGUCUAGACCCUUAUGCCCCCCCCCCCCCAAAUUACCCCUCCCAGGUCCGUAUCGGGCCGCGGAGCGGCACGUUGGAGAUGCCCACUCGUCAGGACGGGCCCCUCACCCAAGUCCCCCGCUUGGGGGCUCGACCAGGACCCCGCCUGGGGGCCGCCCCAACCAGGAGGCACCCAGUCGAUCCGACACUAUGCGUUUAAAUAGUGCUCUCGAUUGACUUUCUCAGGAGUUGGGAUGGAAAAAUUUACGUCCUAAUAUCUUCCACUUCCCCCACCCAUCCCGGGAAAGCGUCGGACGCCCAGUAAGAGGGAUUCCACAGUGGGCUUCCACAACGCAACUAGCUCGCGUUGUUGCUGGGACGAAACGGUUGCCUAGGGGCAGCGUUCUCACGGCUGCAUUAUUUGAAUCCUCGGCCAGAGGUUACCACCCUCGCCUCUGGCCUCAUACCCGUCAACGGCAACUUGUAAUCAUAAUCCCUACCCUGGCUCUGCCUAACUUUCCGACUGCGGAAUAUCACAACCGGCAGCCCUGUGGGAGCUGUUUUAUGUACGGCAGGUACCGAGCACCACCUUUGUCUGCCCACGCGGGGGGGGGUGCCCAGUAGUUAUGUUUCCAGGCAAACGCUGAGGGGGUCGGUGGCCGACUCUUCCUAAUCGGCACAAGGCAUCUAAAUGAUUUGAUUUUUUGAUACAGCAUCUGUGUGGUUUCUUCACUUUUUCAGCAACAGCAGUGCUGGUAGUAAUAGUAGUAGUAACUACUAAAUACCUGUAGUGCAUCUGAUUAGGAGGGAUGAACUGCUUGGAAAUUGUUUUUUGGUGGGCCAUACUCAUACUAUUAAAAAAACUAAUUUACUACAGGUGGUUAAAAUAAAUUUAUUGUACCUGACUCAAUGAGGUUAAGUAAGUAUAGUCUGAAAAUUCAAUAAAUUUCAUCCACAUUCUUAAAAUCAUGAGUUGUUGAUAUAACUAUAACACCAACCUUAAUAGUAACAUUAACAUCAGCUGCACGGCCAUAUUCUUGAGCAAGUUUCCUCCGUAAAGUACCUGGGUGUUACCAUUCAAAGAGAGGUCCGAUGGGAUGAACAUAUUAACAAUGUAUGUAACCAAGCAAACAAGACCCUAGGGUUCUUAAGGCGAAAUCUAAAGAUUGGCAACUCCUGUGUGAAAGAAAGAGCAUAUAAAGCCUUUAUCCGUCCGAUUUUAGAUUAUGCAUCUUCAGUCUGGGACCCAUUUACCCAGAAGAGCAUUGACAGGUUGGAGGCGGUCCAGCGACGAGCAGCACGCUUUGUCCUAAACCGCUACAGGAAUACCUCAAGUGUUGGCAGCAUGCUAGAAACACUAGGCUGGUCACCAUUGGAGAAACGACGACGACAAUCCAGGCUCUCCAUGAUGUACAAGAUAAAUAAUGGGCUGGUCCACUGUUCCAGUAUUAAACAGAAACUCGUACCUCUCCCCCAUAGACAGCGACGAGGCCAUGACAGGCAAUUCAGGCUCAUACCAGCAAGAAGCCAGUAUAGGAGCUGCUCAUUCCUGCCCAAGACAAUCAGGGACUGGAACAAUCUUUCAAAAGGAACGGUUGAGGCGACAACACUAGACACAUUUGUGUCUAUUGCCUCAAGCCUUCAAACCCCCAGUGCAUGAUUCCCUCACAAAGUGGCACUGGAAAUCUGUGAAAUUUCCUCAUCAACACCAGGAACAGAAACAUUGCAAAUCCCAUCUACAUGCAUAGGAGCCAAAAUGAUCAAUAAAUUGAUCGUGGGCCCUUAAGAUAUAGAAGAAGAUACAAAGCUAUACUAGUUUUGUUUUGAAAAAGAUCAGUCUGAUUAGCUUGAGGUUAUGGUAACUUAACUGGGCCAGCAGUCAAGAUGGGAAAUGGAUUUCAGAUCUGUGAAACACGUCAAUCGCUGAAACUGAAAGAUGGGGGUGUCAUUCUACUCUUCAGAAAAGUUCAGUGCUGUUUGUUGCCCACCCCUGCCCCAAAGUGUUCUCUACAGAUGCGUUUUUUUUGUUGAAUUAUCCUCUGUAUGGAAAGUGUUGGUAAAUGCUGGUCAUCUUUAAUUUAACUGAAGUUAUUUGGUUCUUGAGUCAGAAGGUCUCUUUAAAAACUCAUUUCCUUAUCAUUUGCAGUCAUUUGUCCGGACUAUUUAGGAGUCGAACAUUUUUCACUAUUGGCAGGCUUAAAUCUUAGGAGCUUGAGCUGUUUUUAAGGGUUUUAAAAUGUAAUGUAUGACAAAGCUCUUGUUGAAUUGCAGCGUUAUGUUAUAUUUUUGUAUGGCAUCCUUCCGUCUUCCCGGGACGAUGGAGUAGCUAUGUUGUCCUACACUUCAACGAGUGGCUCACUAGGCCAAUUGUAGUAUGACAAUCUCGACUGCAUUUCUCGCAUGAGAAUAUUGCUUCCUGGUAAGAUCUUGACUUCUGUAUUGUUCUUUUUCUUGCAAUUGCAAGUUGCAAGGGCCUCGUUAAGCGAAUCUUCUGCCUUUUUUACUCCUUCAUACACUGCUGUUCGCCAGCUGGUGCGUUGUUCGGCAAUGAGCUCCCAUUCUUUGUGUUCAAUACCGGUAUUGGCUUCCGUCAUACUCCUUUUGCAAAUUUCCAUAAGUCUCAGGCGUGGCUGUACAAUAAGUCUUGUCCCUUCUGCCAACUCUCCACACAACAGCAUCAUUGGGAUUGGCCCUUCCUCCAUUCUCUUUACGUGGCCUAACCAGCGAAGGCGCCUCUUGCUCAUUGUUAAUAGAGUAGAAUAAGCUAAAGAGGUUUCCGCUCCUGACUGGUAUAUGCGGUCCUCUUCGCUACCAUAUGAGAGUGUAUAGGUACUAAACACACAUGCUUGAUAGUGAUAGACUCUUUAUUUUUGUUUUAUUAGUUAGAUUUAGAUUGAGAUUAUUCUACUAUCUACACCCGCUUAUUUAGUUUAGCCAUAUUUGCAGCUGCUUUUGCGAUCCUGAUAUUUAUCUCUUGAUCGAGGGAGAGGAGAGAGAACUAGAAAUAUUGGAUCCUAGAUAUGUGAAAUGCUCAAAAGAUGGUGAAAGAUUCUGACCCUCAAUAGACAUGAUUUGAGGGAUCGGUGCUUCUUGAAUCAUUACAUUUACAUGUGUUUUCUGUAGACUAAUCGAAAGUCCAAACUCUUUACAAGCGUGUGAUAGACGAUUAACCAACCCCUGAAGUUUUUUCUGAGUGAGAUGUUAAGACCGCAUUGUCGGCAAACAGCAGUUCACAAAUCAGCACCUUUAUUUUUUGCUUUGGUCUUUGCGCGAAGGUGGGCGAUAUUGAACAGCCUACCAUCAGAUCUGGUAUGAACGUACACACCAUCUUCACAGUCCCUGGAGGCAAAUUGAAGGAGCAGAGUUAUAGUUCUAUCACUUAACACUUAAUGGCAUUUGUAGUGUUAGUAUUUUUUAUGAACAGGUAUUUGAGGUAUCUGCUUCUUCAUGGUAAAUGCUCAAACUGUUAUUGUUUGAACUGAAAGUACCUGUUCAUAAAAAUAAAUGUCUGCAGAUGGCAUAAUAAUAUUAUUAUACUAUACCGGUAUCGGGGUACAUUAUUUUCCCCAGGAAUCAUAAAUACCCGUACCGGUACUGUAAUUAGCUGUAGCCUACCAAUGUAGCCACAAUGUUUGGACUUACCAGCCCAUCUGUACUGCUGGUACUGAAGUUACUGUACCGGUAGUUACCAUACUUGACAAAACAUGCAUUUACAUAACACUGAAUACACUUGACCUUACUAAGAAUCCCAUUUAGUGCCAAGUGCACUUGGAGUUGCAGUAAUUAAAGAAUCUCAUUUAGAGGGAAUUCUGAAAGUAGAGUACGGUACCUGUAUAAGUUAUAAGUCAUUGAUUAUGAAGUUAACCAGACCUGAGAUUUAGAGAAAAAGAAUUUUAAGCCCAAACUCAUGUUAUUUACAUUUGUUAAUUGAUACUGGUACAAGAGUACAAGUACAGUUAAAUAUAUAUACCGUAUUGAGUAAAUAGUUAAAAUAGUCAAAUUUCACCUGUAGUGAUCUCCCUCAUUAAUUUUUAGUACCGGUACCUUCUUCUUGGUGUUUUAGGUUUAAGUUUAACUUAUUAUGAUUAUCUAAUACUAAUACAGCAGCCAUAGAGUACGUCUGCAAUUUACAAUUGUACACAGAGAGCCUAAAGCAACUUACCUGUACAGGUACCGAAUAAAAAAUGCUGCUUUGGGGAUGUCAGUCAAGAUCAUUUACACUGACCCUUGUCCACAGUUGUCAGUUUUUGAAAUAACUCCUCCCCUCUCUUUGUGGUUGUUCUUUAUGAUUUCAAUUUCAAAACAAUAUGUGGGGAAACAAAUUUCAGAUCUGUGAAAUUUUAAACAGAGAGCUCUGUAUGAAAAUGACAUUGCGGGUGACAUCUACUGUUUAGAAAACUGUUUUUUUACCAUACCGGUACUCAUUUUAUUAAUUUAACAUGAUCAUAUUAUAUUCAUAAUCAUGACAGAGACUGAAUAAGAAAAGGGGGAAGUGCUGAAACUAUAAUUUAUAAUUGAAUUAAUUGCUAAACUAUUUUAGGUUUGUUGAGGUGCCCUUAAAGUUAAAGUAAGUUCAAGAGUUGAAAAGAGAAUGGUUUAAAUUGAAAACAGCUGAACGGAUGGGUUAAAUUGAAAUCCACUGAACUGUUGGAAUGAAUCUACUGGCCGUUUCCAAAUCUGUCAGUGCUAGGUAAUUGAUAUAUUGUUGUCUGCCCUCCACGACAGUAAAUUCUCAAGUUAAGCAAGAAGAUGUGCAAGAAUGGAAAUCACCCACUCCGAUUGAUUGGACUUCUCUUAGGCUGGAGCAAAAAGAAUAUGAAAAUCGAAGGUUUGAAGGUAAUGUAAUAAUCUAAUGAAAGUUACGUGAUAUUUUCUAUCGUGAUUACUAUGUGUGGUAUCAUUUAAGAACGGGUAUUUAUAAAUUAAAUUAUGAUUUAUUAUAAACUUAAAUUUAACUGAAAAUAUAAUACUUCAAAACCAAUGUUGGAGAAAAUAGCAGUGUUACACUCAAAGGAGAAAGAAUAUAUAUUUCCAUGUCUUAAUAAUGCUCAUGGACAAAAACCAGUUUCGCAGAGGAAGGCUGAAGGCAUUGGUAGAAGAACAUCCAAAGCAAGUUCAGGAUAUUCUGUUAGACAUGAUGCAAAAAAAGAUGCUACUGAUGUCAUAUUGGUGAAUACCGGUACCAUAUCAAUCCUUUGUCAUUGUCAGCAAUUACAUCCAAAAACUUAUCAUGCAAAGGUACCAGUACUAAAAAAUCAGCCUUUUCAUACAACAGAAGAAUUUCGGAUCCAUCCAGUUCCUAUCUCUGGAUCAUCAGGGAAAGUAAAGCUCAAAAUGUGCCAUCAAGCCCUUUCCCUGCAUCAAUGAAAAUGUUGCUGCUAAGUUGUUAUACCGGUACCAUAUAAAUACCCGGUAUAAAAACAAUUUUUUGACACCCAACUCUUCCAUUCCCCUAGCUUUUGUGUUUGACCAUUGGUCUUUUCAGCCAAUAUAAAUUAUAAAGCAUGAAGCUAUAUUUCCUUGCAUGUAUGUAAGCUGGCAAAUGUAUCUGCCAAGUAAUCCAACUUGGCUAUUCAAGCCACAUUUCCAAAUACCUGUAGUCCUGACCAAUGUCUUUCAUUUUCUGUAAUUUUGGUAAGCUCCCUUGGCAAUUCAAAAACUCUUGAUAGAGUACAGCUCAGGGGCAGAUGCUUGUCCAAUACCACAAUUUGGGGAACAUUGAUCUAAAGUUCAAAUAUAAUUUUUUUAUGUGGUUUGUGGGAACUGUUUUGAAAUCAAGAAGGGUUGCGGAGCUUCAGAUAUGUCAACAAUGCCUGAGACAUGAGAUACAUCACUGUUGCAUAAUGAAGUUCAACAAAAAAAAAAGUUUGCUCUGUAUGCUUCACUUUUUGAAAAUGUCUUCCCAGGCAAAUAGGUCCUGCCAAUGAUUGAAAUGAAUUCAGGAACAAUUCCUGGGAGCCACUUCAAAAUGUUCAAUCAGUUACAUUUUUUAUAAUUGGAUUUCAGCAAAUCAAUGAAUUGUAGAUCCAUUGCUUCCAUUUAGAGUUCAGCUGGCAGCUCAUCAAAAACACAUUAUAACUGGUUUUGGGAGAUUUUUAAUUUUUGUUGACUGGCAUCCACUAACUGCGAUAACUUGCAUUGAAUUGGACCAGUUUCUUUUUCACAGCAUUGUAACUGAGAAAAGGAAUUUUUUACUAACAAGGAUUCGAGAAAUAAAAAGAUUUUGCAGAAAUGCCUUCACAUCCAUGUACUUAAUACUACUAUUGUUGAAGGGCUUGGUUUGUCUUGCACUCUUGAGAUUAAAUUAGUUUAGUCUUUGGUCAGAUUUGCAGAAAAAACUUUCUUAAAAUCAUUUGUUAUUGUAAGAAACAAAAAGGUCUGUUAUUGUCAUUCAAAUCUCAGCUCUUAGGUUAAAAAUUUGGGUCACAACUGAGCCACUUGACAGACAUGUAACUGGAGAUAUUCCACUUUUAUUUUUAUUAAAAAUUUGUGGCUCUAACGAUUUUUGAGGCCAAGUUCGCUAAUAUUCAACUAAUAAAAUCUUAAGUUCCAUGAUAUUUUCCUCACAAUGCUUGUUAAUGAAUAAUUUGAACAAUGCAGUGCAGAUAAAUUGGCUUGGAAUAACAACACCUAAUUUAUACCAGUACAGCAUUGUAAAGUUUCCCAACUUUAAAGUAUUUUUAAAAAUACCUUAAAUGUACUUCAUUGUUUAUAUUUUUAAAGAGCCUUUAACUUGAAUUAAGUGGCUGCCAUAUUUAUAUUUUCUUUAAGAGAGUUGAAAUGUACUACAGUAUUUUUAAUGUUAGGAAAAAUACUUCAUUUACCGGUACCUGUACUAAAACUAGCUUUAGUGAAAAGUGCUUCAUUAUUAUUUUUUAAUUAAGAACGAUUCUUGUAUCAACAAAUGAAUAAGUUUCAAUAUAAUUAUCAACUUUAAAGUUCUGGUACCGGUACUGAAUUAUGGAAGCAGCAAAGAUCUUUAAUUUAAUACCUGCAGGUUUUUGACAUUUAAAGAAAGCAGGCAACUCUUAUUAUGAUACAAAGACUUCUUUGUCUAUUUUCCUACUCUACCUAAAUAUGGAGACAACAUUUAGUGUUAUUUGACAAAUAGGAUCUGUAUUUUUUUUAUCCAUUUAAAUUCCAUGAAUAUUUGUUUAACCAUAUCUUUAAUUUAAAAAGUGAGCUUUUUUUAAAUAUUUGAUUUGUUAGGCUUGCCACCAAUUGUGAAGAAUUUCUACCAAGAAGUUUCAGAGGUGGCCGAAAUGUCUCACGAAGAAGUCAAACGGAUAAGGUUAGUUUCAUCAAGCUCAACUAUUACUAUAAUUAUAAUAUAAAUACACUGUGGCAAUAUACAUUUAUUUUUGUCCAGGAUUGCAUUGUGAAAAAAAAGUUCUACUCCCUUCAGCUCACAUUAAAAUCAGGGGCUUUGUAAAAAAAACAACAUAUGGCUAAAAUAAACAUUUUUGUAGACUGCCUUUACAUCAAUUUAGGGGAUAGUCUGGAGAAGUGGGGCAACAAAUGAACAUCAGUCGAAGUAUGCAGCUGGUUCUGGUAUUAACUAAUAGAAAGUUAUAACAAUAAAAUUUGGCUUACCCGAUAUUAAUAUUACGUUUACUUGUGUAUAAUUAUUAUUAAAGCGUAACUUAUAUUGUUAUAUUGGCACUUGUGCGUGUCUUAUUACCCGGUAUUAAUAGCCAGUCCAAAUGUGCACUUAUAAACUUAAUUUGAAAUUACAUAAAUUUGAUAGUUUUUUUAAAAUUCAAAAGAAACUGAUGACUAUGUAGGUCAUGGAGAAAUGGACAUAGCGUGAGGAGAAAUGGACCCCCAUGUGGGGAGAAAUGGUCAGUUAACUAAAAUCGUGGUUAAAACAAAUUAAUAUCUUUACCUAUUUUCUAUUAAUUUUCUCUCUGUUGUGUUGUAAUGCACCAUACAAUUAGCAAUUUAAUUAAAAAGAUAAUAAGCAAAAUCAUUUUACAUUUUAUGUAUACCGGGUAUUUAUCGAACACAAUGAUAAAAAAAUGUAAUUUGAGCAAAACACACAGAUAUAUUUAAAAUUUAAAGAACUCGGGUUUUAUUUUCCCAGUCUUUUGUAAGUUUGCAUUUUAUGUCUUUAAUAAUAGGCACACAGGCAAUGUCUUCUACAUGUGGUCUUAUAAAUUUGCCAGUCACUUUCUCACUUUUUAUUAAACAUUCUACUUCCACAUCCCCAUUUUCAUCCACUACCUUCCUCACAACCGCCACAUAAAACAACACAGGCUUUUUUACACUGUACUCACACAGCACGCAAUCAUCUUUCAUAACUUCUUCAACACCAUUCAUUUCAACAUAAUUAGUUGUCAAGUCUUCACAGUCAGAAAUGGUCAUCUAAAUCAUCAUUGCUUAUCAGGUCAAUGUCCAUGUCGAAGUCACUAUCCUCACAUUCAAAUAAUUUAUUUCCUGUUAUUUUAAGGGACUUUACACCUUUUUGUCUUGAGCUUAUCUUGCAAUGGUUUAAAUUCAUGCGAUGAUGUGGCAAUCAAUGAUUGUCUUUUCUUUCUAGUAUUAUUUUUAAUGGGUCCUGCUUUAGGAUAGCCUAAAAAAAUCUGAGGUGACCUAAACACUGAUGGGUUUGGGUGUUAAGACUGGUGUAGUUGAAAGGGAGAAGAUGAUGUAGCUGGGCUAUCAAAAGAAGACACAGAGAGUACAGCUUUUCAGCUGGAUCUGGUCUGUCUCUUAUUAUAAGUUAAAGCGCAAGGCAUAAAGUCUAUAUCUGUGUAAAUGUCUUUAUUAAGAGACCAAAUUUCGAUGGCUUGGAAAUCAGACAAUAUAUUUGAUGAAGGCCCCAUCCAACACCAAGUUCAGCAAUUUGGUAAAUUGUGAUUGGUUUGCCUAUGUUCCUAAGCAUCCUCAAAUCAGCUGGAGUAUUGAAUGCACUUUUCAAUGGUCCAAAAUCUGAUCUGACUAGGGGCUGUUUUAUUUAAGGUGUGUGGCGACAAUGUAACAAUAUGAAUAAAGUUAUUUUAAGCAAGUAACAAUGCCUCAUAGGAUAGGUAGCUUUCUUGAUUGUCCAUGAUUAACAUACCAGGAUAUGUUGAUGAAGACGAACAUGCUUAAUAAAAUGUUUCAACACUAAAAUGAAACUAUCAGAUGUCAUCCAUCCAGAUGAACUUUAAGUUCAAUUGUGCCUUCUGGUGCUCCUUAAAGAAAGCAGUCUCUAAAUUUCUUCCUUGGAAAAACGAAGACAGGAGGUAAGAACUGACCUGAUGCACAAACUAUGGCACAUAAGGUCACUAACUCACCUCUCUCUCUAGAAGCCACUUUUCCAACCUGUUUCAAGCCUUUAGGGGCUCUUUAUACAGUAGUUAAACCUGUCUCAUCUAAAUUGUAAAUUUGUCCACCACACAAAUUAUUAACAAAAAUGGCUGCUUCUAAAUUUUAAAAAAUAUCUCAAUGUUGUGUGGGUUAAAGGCAGUGGCUCUUGCCAGUGAAGUUUACUCCGUUUGGCGCAGUGAUAAUUGAGGAUGCCUCUGUCUAAAGCCAUAAAGCCAAUCUUUACCAGCAGCUUUCUUAUUAUGCCAUGAUUCAGGUACUUUUAUUUUGUUAACUACGGUCAUCUCAUAGGCUAAUAAUAUCACACUGGCUAAUGUCAGCCCAUGAAACAUUUUUGAACAUGCUUCCAGCAUGUUUGUAAUUUGGUUGUAAUUGGUCUGUAGAGACAAAUUUUUAGAUUGUUAUUCUAAGUUGUGCGUGAUAUUCCAAAUUGUAAAGCAGCUGCGUGUAUUGACUUUCCCACUUUAAUGGCAUCAUCUACAUUUCUCAUAACUACCAGGGGUAUUCCACCCUUAUCUUUUUUCUUGGGUAGUUUCUAGGCAUGAUUCUGCAAGAAAAUAAGAAAAUAAAAAGGGAAACUUUAAUUCUCUUCCCAUGGGAAAUUAAAAAUGUUUUUUUAAACAAAAGCUUUAAAACUUUAGAUGGUUUUAUUUCUACAUACUUACUUACAUAUCAUUUAGCAAAAUAUUUUCUAAAAUUACCUUUUGCCACAAUAACUCAUGACUGAUAAUUCAAAAGCUUUUAAAGUUAAUACAACUAUCAAUGUGCCCAAUAUAUUAAUGCUUUUAAAUACUUAAAGAUUAUGCAGUAAUGAAGCAUAAAGAAAGUUAACAGUGGCCAUGUUUCACCACACUAGGGGGUUGAUGCAGAAUUUUUUUUUUUUUUUUAAAGUUUGUGAUGUAAAUAAUCAAAUUUAAUAUGAAAUACUAUAACUAACUAAAUAUGAUACAUUACAGUAUACUUACCUUUAUUUCUGAUGAACCAGUUAAAUUUCUAGAUGCUUUUAUGAAGUUUGUUCAAAACAUUUUUGAUGCCAAAAUUUUACACAUGAUUCAUUUUUAACCAUCUAACCUGGAAAUUCUUAGAAAACACAAAAAGGAAGUAAUUUGUGCAUUCAUUUAGUCCCAAAACAUUUUGGUCCAAUAUAUUCGAUUUUUAUAGUGGGUUUUCCAUUUCUCCUGACUCUCCCCUACUAUUGGAGAAAGGCCUUGCACUCUGAGAUUCUCCUAUAAAAAACACAUGAAUAUUGAAUUUUGUAAACUAAACAUUUUGUUCCCCCAUAGUAUCCUGGUCCCUGAUGGGAUCCCGCUUGGUUUCCAGAUUCCCCAUUCCCUGGUGGAUCCCAUUCCCAGGUUGGAUCCCAAUCAUUGGGAUCAUGUUACCUGGUGGGUCCUGUUCCAUAGUGGGAUAAUGUUCCCUGGGGGAUCCCAUUCCAUAAGGUACAAUUAAAGGAAUCCUUCACAUAGAGGGCCAACUUUGGCCAAGAUCUAUCAGUACACAUAAAUGGUAUACUGUAUUGUAAGCCUUCAACUUCAUUUAUGUAUCUAUAGCUUAGGCCAUUUAACGAGGAUAAAAUUGGAACUUUCUAGAAAAUAUCUUAACAUACCGGUAUGAGGAAACUAUUGAAAAUUAUGGAAAAAUAAGAAAAUGUAUAUAAUGCUAAGUCAGUUAAAGAAAAAUAUAGAACCACAAAAUAAUAUAAAAACUUUAAGAAACAUAAAAAGGUAAUUCACUGAUAUCAAGAAAAUUCCGAGGAAGGUACAGAAAUCUGAAGAAUUGGACUAAAAUUUGCAUAAGCUUUUAGAGUUCCCACUAAGUAUCCCCAGAACAAUGUAGUACUCCUGGAAAAUUCUAUAUGUUAUUUACAAAACAUCCCCCCCCCCCCCGGUAAUGGAAAAAAGGAAUGAGUUUUCAACUUAAUCAUUUUACAUAUAUGAAAAAAUCUACAACAAAAUGCCAUCAUGACAUUUAUUUGAUCUUAAAACCAUCUAUAAGUAUAAGGGAAAACAAAAUUGGGUCCCCCAGUCCAGAUGGAGUGGUUAUUAUGAGUUCAGUACCCACCAGUAUUUGAAAAUGUAUGUGUUCUAAGUUUGAUCUAGAUCCAUCCUCCCAUACAUUAUCUAUGUUUGAAUUUAAAUUUAUAAGUGCAUCUAAGAAAAAUAAAAAAAUGGAAAAUUUUGUAAAUUUCAAAAUCCUCCUUGUAGUUCAGUCUGGAUAAUGAUGGAUAUGUAUGCCAAGUUUGGUCAAAAUACAUUAAUCCAUUUAGAUGUUCUGUUUCUAUAACUAUAAGUCUCAGUGAUUUUCCUCAUGUUUCGAAAUCUGAUUUUAAGUUCCAAAUGAGUUUCUACAAUGUUUUUUUCCUUAGGAUAGCCAAAGAAAUAUACACGAAGACUUAAGAUACAAUGACAGCAUCUAUUUAAAUUGUUAUAACUAGGUUAAACUUGGUUUGUUUGUUAUAACCUAAAGUUUACUCACUGCUGUAAAAUGUAAAAAAAAAAUAAUUUAAUUUUUCUCAUAUGGGCUAUAUAAAUAAUAUUCCACUUAAUGGAAAGAUCUAUAUGAAACUUGGUACAAAUGCACUUGAAAAUAUAGUGAAAAAACUGUAGGAUUUUAAACUCAUAAUAUUCACUGUCUUGGCCAGGGAUACAGAUUUCAUUUUCUUAUUUACGCUAUAACCUAUACAUUUUUCACCCGAUCUUAGUGGGACAGUAUUCUAACUUGUCUAUUUAUCUUAUGAAUUAUUUGAGGUCCCUAACUUGGUGAUAAUUAAAAUAUAUCAAUAUAGAAUGGGUUCCCACUGCGGUCCUUAUUUUUAAUUUUUAAGUAAAACUAUUGAACGACAUUUUGUUUUAGUCUUAGUCUUGAAAUAAUGACUAGAAAGAGUCAUUAUUUACAAAUUAUUGGAAGGUUUUAAAAAAGUUAUUGAAUUUUCUAGGAUGUUCUAUAUUGUUCCACAUAGGUAUAAAGGUUAUGAAAAUGUCAAUGGGAUCUAAAAGUUUAUGGAAAUUUUAGUUUUAUAGAUUUCUAUACUUAUCGGGGAAUUUCCCCAGUAUCAGUGAAUACAAAUUUUAAGUUGCUUGAAGCUUCUUUUUCUAGAAAAAUCAAUUUUUUAAUAAGAGUUUUGAGAUGAAAUAAAAUGUUUAUGUUUUAAUAAGUAACUGUUAAAUUUUAUGAAAUCAGAUUUAAAGAUAAUUUUGAAGUUUCUAGAAAGCUCCACAUGAGUGGAGGAGGUUUUAAAAUGUAUUGUCCAAAGCUAGAUUCUACAUAAAUUGUUGCAUCUAGGCCAAACUUGGAAAACGUCCAUUUCAUAAUCCCUUUACAACAACUGGGGUUUUAAAACUAAUAAUAUCCCCAUCUUUUUGUGCAUGGGGUGCCCAAUUUUAAUGGGACAAUUUAAACAAAUAAAAUUUGUUUAUUUUCCGACCUAAAAUACUUACUUCUGUAAAAAAUUAAAGCUUAAGUUCUUUUGGCGUCGGUGGGCCCCAGCAGUAAAAGUUUGAAAGUCAAAAUCUUUGCAAAUUCCUUCUAUUUUAAAUGCGAUACAUAUGAAAAAUAUUGAUUUGAAUUAUUAUCUGAAUUAUUUGUAUAGCGCCACGAUCUUAAGGAUAACUAAUAUUGUCCCUUUUGAAUGAUGAUUCUAUUUCAUUUCAAUUUUUAAACAGCCAUAUCUUUGGCAUUGGUGAUUACCAUUUUUUUAAUAAGACAUAUUUUAAUAGUAAGAUUUCCUCUUUAAAUCCAGCUUGAAAUUUAACUGAAAGGGGCUGGGCCCCAAAUUCAAUGUUUACAAAAUUUAUUAUAGAUCUGUCUUUUAUAGAAGAAAUAUAUAUAUAUUUACUUUAGUGAAUUUUUUUGAAUAUUUGUUGGCUUAUAGCGGAUCAUGGAAUUUUUUCCGAAUAUAAACCUGAGCAGAGCCGGGUAGCCUAUAUUUGUUAUGCAUAUCGGUACCAGUACCAGAAAUAAUAUAAGCAUCAUAUCUUGUCUGUUCACAAGCAUUGUUGAAAUUUCUUAGAUUAUCUGAAUUCAUCACUGAAAAAAUAUUGUUCAAGCCUUUUAAAUGUUUUCACUGCCAGCAAGUUAAGUUGAACUAAUUAUUGAGCUUUUGUUACGCAAUUGUGGGACAUAUUUUACCAGCACAAACUUUUUAUCUAUGUACUCUAAAGCCAGUCAAAAUGACAAAUAUAAUAUUUUUAUUACAACACAUAGUAUUUUUUGCUUUAUUUUUAUUUCAAUUAUAUUUAAGGAGUAUCAUACUCCUUUAAUUUUAUUUAAUAAUUUUGAAGAAAAAUAAAAAGCUUUGAUUGAGAUCACACCAGGUCUCAAUUAUGUGGCAGGCACAAUCAGAAGACAUUAUACUUUGUAUGGUGUCUCAUGAUAAAGGGAACCAAACAUAAAUUUUAGAAUUAUUUACUAGCAGACAAAUGCACACUUGAUUUAUUCCCAUAUAUAACUUACACAGCCUGAGUAGCCACUAAUAAGAAGUAGAUAUUCAAUUUUUAUUUUUUAAAAUUUGAAGCUGGUAAGUUUUCUUCUCAGGUCUCAUUUCUGUUCCAAGUGGAGCUAAAUUGUUAGAUAGUACUGUUUUUUUUUUUUAGAUUUAUAAAACAUUUUAAGACCAUUGGUUUCAACUAUUUAUUAUUUUUUCUGGUAUUGUUUUUACAAUGUGAAGAUUUAAAAAAAAAAUUCUUUUUUUUUAAAAUUUGAAGUUGGUAAGUUUUCUUUUCAGGUUUUAUUUCUGUUUCAAGUUGAGCUAAAUUGUUAGAUAGUACUGUUUUUUUUUUUUAGAUUUAUAAAACAUUUUAAGACCAUUGGUUUCAACUAUUUAUUAUUUAUUCUGGUAUUGUUUUUACAAUGUGAAGAUUUAAAAAAAAAAUUCUUUUAUCCCAUUUAGUAUCUAAAUAAUCUAAUCAAUAAUGUCAAGUUUUUUAGGAAACCUAAUAUAUUAAAUUCACAAUAAGGCUUUUAAAGAAAGAAAAAAAUUAUUUGAAUUAAAACUUUUCACUCUCAUUGCAAUUUCACAAUAGGAAAGAGAAAAACAACAUUAUUGUUGAUGCUCCAGAGGAUGGAAGUGUUCCUAAUCCAAUCCGAACAUUUGAAGAUGCAUUCUAUAAUUACCGUAAGAUUAUAAAUUACAAAAAUAUAUAAAUCUUCUUUUAGAUAUUUUAAUUUUUCUAAUUGUUUGGAAAUUUAACAAAUUAUAUGCAGCAAGAUGAUAAAAUUGAUGUGUAAACUUUUGAAUAAUUUCUAUUCAAACUUAUAAACAUGAUUGAGAUGACACUUGACAACUAUGAGAGCUUGUCUCAGAGUCACUAGAUCUCAAUUUGAGUUAACAGUUUUUAACAUAUGAUAAAUAAAAUAUUUUCAUCAUCAUGGCACUAGUCUAGACUCUUGAAUGCUUGGAAUACUGUUAACUCUAGUAAUGGAAGUCAUGCUGGAUAUCAUUUUAAAUUUAAUUUAUGGUUUACUUAUUACUUUUAUAGCAUUGGAAUUUUAUGCUGUAUGUUUGCUGUUAAACAUAAAAUGUACUCCUUAUUGUAGCUCUCAUUCUUGAAGAAGUAUACAAACAAAACUUUGUGACCCCUUCUCCUAUUCAGGUAUGCUGUUCUACAACUGUGAUGAAUUUUAAUGUAUAAAAAAAAAAUAAAAUGAAGAAUUUUAUUUAUUAAAAUGAUUCAGCUUUUUUUAAUCGCUAUGAUUGAAAAAUUAUUUUUAAAAAACAACACAAUUUGCUGAAAUGGCUCAAACCAACAAUUACUUAAAGAAGUUAAAUUAGACAGAAGGGCACAGCCCACGUUGCUGCUGGGUCAGGAUGAUGAUGAGGUUAAAGUAAUUUGUACAGCAGUAUUAUUUUAAUUGAAUUUUUAUGAUUUUAUUAUUUGACAUUGUUUUACAUUCUACUUUAAGUUUAAGCCAAUAAAAUGGCUGCCUCUUUGUAUUUUAGCAGUGAUUCCCACAUUCCAAAAGUGUAUCAAACUAUAUCUGAUACUUUAAAAAAAAAUUAAUUAUUCCAAUAAUAAUUUUCAGUGCCAAGCAUGGCCCAUCCUUUUGCAAGGAAAGGAUCUCAUUGGUAUAGCACAGGUUUGUUCUAUAAUUUCUUUAUAAGCUGUACAGAGUUCAAUUAUCUUUUAAUUGUGUUGGGAUCAAAGCUUUUAAAUGAGUGUCUAUACAUUAUUUAGGAAACACAUUGUAAGGAAAGAAAAUAUGAAAAACACAAGAGCGUGUAGUAAUAGCAUAGAAAAUAAAACCAGUUUGCUAAUUUUAUUGAGCUUGAAGAUUAAUUAAUUAGCCAUGAUAUCCAAAAUUUUCACUACAGCUUUCAUUUCAAGUUGAGAUUUCAGGGAAAAAUAAAAAAAAUUGUAAUAAAAUUAGGAUGAUUUUACAACCAACAUUGUGGCUUAUUAAUUAAUUUAUCUAUUAACAUUUACAGACUGGAACUGGAAAGACUUUGGCUUUUCUUCUGCCUGCUUUGAUUCAUAUUCAAAAACAACCAAUGUAAGUUAAUGCUGUGCUUUAAAAACACUUGAUUUUGUAAAUCAGACCAAAUACAAAAAAAGCAUGCAAUAUUUUUUUAUAUAAUCAUGGAAAAAUAUUGUACAGUUAACAUGUAGGUAACAAAAUCCAUUUAAUAAUAAUAAGAAGAAAUUCUUAGCUUGCGUCAUGUUUUUUAAAAGUUAUAAGUUAAGUAAUUUAAUGGCCAGAUCCACUCAUUUGCUGUUUCAGCCCCAUGAAAGACCGUGUAGGACCUACAGCUUUGAUUCUGUCUCCUACAAGAGAGCUGGCGCAACAGAUUGAAAUGGAAAUUAAUAAGAUCAAUUACAUGGGUAUCCGCAGGUGAAACUUAUUAUUUUAAAAAUGAGCCUGUUGUCAUUAUUAGUUUAUUAACUGAGCAAAUCGCUUUUCCCUAUGCAUAAGAUGUACUGGUACUAAAUAAUUUUGUGACAUGCUAUAUUGCACUGAGCAGCAAUUGAUUUUGAAAAAUGUCUGAUUGAUUUACAAUAAACUUGAUGUGCAUUUAUUCUGGCCUAAGCAAACAAAGGAAAGAUUUUCUCCAUGAUUUUAUUUUUACACUACCAAUUUUUAAAAUCCUACAGUAUAUGUGUGUACGGUGGAGGCAACCGGAGGGAGCAAUUGCAGCGAGUUAAGAAAGGGAUUGAAAUAGUAGUGGCAACACCAGGCCGUCUAAAUGAUUUCAUGAACAACAGCAUCAUUGAUGUGAAGCAUGUCACUUAUCUGGUUGGUUCUUUUUGUGUUUGAGAUUAUACAAGCAGAAACUAAAUUUUAUAGACAUUCUAGCAAAUCUCUUAAACAACCAAACGCAGCCUAUUGUAUCAAAGUUUCUUAGACUCUUUUGUUCUAAUGUUUGUUCUUUUGGUAAUGUGUUGCUAUAUUCCUAGGUGAUGGAUGAAGCUGACAGGAUGUUGGAUCUAGGUUUUGAGCUGGAAAUUAAGAAAGUUAUGCUGGAUAUCAGACCUGAUAGGCAAACAGUUAUGACAAGGUGA